GUCCAUGUUUACGUCACUUGUCCUGAACGUAAACUAGGAGUCCUGCGUUAUUGUCGCUUUACCAAGUAUUGAAGAAAAAAAAGUCCGCUUGGAGAACAAUGAAGAAAGUAUGGAAUUCAGUGUUGGCUGAAUGCAAGCCUUUAAUGGUUUCACUUGGAAACAUAGAAGAGCAGUUGAGGGCGUUUCAAAAGAUCCAAAUCGCCAACACCUCUCUUCACACCUUUCCUGAUCUUGCACCAGCGUCUUCACUUCAAGCUCCUACAGGCAGUGGACAAAAUGGAAGAUACAUGGUAGCUCACUCCAUAAACUCAUGAGAGGCUUGAAAACAUUUUGUAACCACAGAUGACCCUCUUAUUUCUUACAGGUGUUAUCUCCAAUCUGUGCGAGAUGCUAUCAGUAAUCAGGUGUCCGGUGCGUCCCUGUUGUAUGAGCAGAAUAUAGACACCCUUGCUACUUGCACCCAGAGAUCUGCAGUCGCUCCAUCCAUCGCUGACAUGUUGGAGCGGCUUCAGGAUGCGGGGUGUUACUAUCGUCAACAGUAUCCUUUCUGUGUCAUUGUAUUACUGUACCAUUACUAAGGAUGCACAAUAAAUUGUCAUUGUGAGCAUGCCACUAGACUGCAUACUGCCGAGGAAGGCUUGAUGCUGAAACGCAUCAUUUCAGUUUGUGGCAUUAUAAAUCUUGAAAUCUACCAUUUGGUAAAGGUUGUCCUAUUGUUGAUUUGUGUGAGAAAGAUAGUUUUCAUCAUCUGCAUGCACAGGUUUCUGAGAAGAAAGAACGUGCUGCGGACACUGAGGGCUGAUGACCUCUGCCUUCGGGAAACUGCUCCCAAGAGGUCUGGGUCCCUGAAAACAAUGAGUGAAGAAGCGAGCAUAUCAGGUACACUGUUUUAAAGUGUCCUUUUUCAUUGAGUCCUAGUAAAACGAGAGCUACAAGAUGUUCGCAAGGGGACUACCCGGUGGAUGUGAUUCUCUACUUUUCAGAUGGUCUACAAUUGAACAAAAGACUCAGUAAUGGGUUGGAGGGUAAAGGAACAGACUGGGUUCGGGUUGACUUAGACUUUGUCUUUGGAUGUGUCUGAUAGGAGCAGAGCACCUGGAUGUGAACAAGGCAGAGGACCAUGAGGCAGGCAGAGCAUGUUAAGAAUUGUCACAGAGCUCUGCUACAACAACAAAGACCAGGGCCUUAUUCACAAAGCAUCUCAGACAAAGGUCCUAGGAAUCCUGAUAAAAAAAACUGUUUUUAAAACCCCCAAAAAUCUCCCAGCUCAGAGUAGAUUUUAAGAGGAUUUUAAGACUGCCCAGAGAAACUCUCAGCUGGUAAUCACGACAGUUUAAGGUACCGCAAAGGAAAGAUAGUGAUGACACUCAUUGACAUUGUUUUUCCCCCAUCAUUUGCAACAAUCGCAAUCAGGCAUCGCCAGCUGUGAACUCCAUAGCACGCUUCAGACAACCACGGUGAAUGUGACUGUACAUGUUAAUGUUGCAAUGGGAAAACGUUUGAUAUAAAUUCACGUGACACAAUCACUUCUCUUAUCGCCUAAUAUAUUGGUAUGCAUAACCUUUUUUUUAACCAAUUCUGAUGGUUGUUAAAAGCAUCAUUUUGACAAUAUUGCCGUUAUAUCAACACACUCGUCACUCCCGUUUAAAAGCUAAUUUGCUUUGGCACGUCGGCCUCAAGUCACUUGCCAAUAAUGUUGCAUACAACUCGUGAAAGGUCUAUCAUUUUUAUCGAACACAAAGUCAACAAUCCCUAGAUUCCUUCAAGUGCCCAAUUUAGGCAUCUUUUUUGUUAACGUGUUAUUGCACUCCAAAGGGAUAACGUGAAAUAACAAUGUAUGUAAUUCAAUAAUGGAAAUACAUUUAUUUAUUAACCUAUUUGUUAUAAGUAUUUAGGCAUAUCAUGUGAAAUCAUUGGUAAAGGCACAAGAGAUACUGUUGUACUGUAGAUCUAGAUCAUUUAUGGAUUGACGAUAUAGAAUUAUAAAAACAAGAACAACUCCAAAGCAAUUGCACGUGGCGCAGGAACCACUGACUCACUGCAUUUUUUGUUGUCGUUAUUGAUCAAGACACCUGCUGGUAACUUAACUGGUUAGGACAGCUCAUGAAGUGUCCUAAAUAUCUGUCCACUAGGUGGGACUUAUGACUAAAGAGGCUUCAUGCAUUGCUUUUAUUUUUUUACCCAUAAGAGAAUUAGUGAAAUGUCUCUGUUCUCAGCACUUAUGACCAAUUGUCUACUCUGAGAUGCUUUGUGGAUAUGGGCCCUGAGCUAGAAUAGUAGAACUUCUGACUAAGCAAAAAAUGUAUUCUGUGGAAAAACAAUUGAAAUGUCAUGGAGUAUAAUGACAUGAAAAAUAAAUAACAUUUUUACA